AUGAGGAAAGACAGGGAUAACCCUCUGGCACUGUCCCCCAAGAAAGCGUGCCAGGGCCAGACGGACUAUGGACGGGAGCUAGAGCGGCUGCGUGCUGAUUUGGAAGCGGAGAAGAGCCGCACACUGCGGGCCCGUCGACAUCUCUGGGUGGAGAUAAGGCACCUGCGGGAAGAAGCAGAGAGGAAGCAGCAGAGGGCUUUGAGGGAGCUGACGGCCAGGCGUGGCUCCCAAAAAGACUGGCACUCCAACAGGCCCUGGCGUCUGCUUUCUAAGGAGGUGAACAUUAAAGACAGUAGAUACAGUAACACUGAUUCCACAGGGAAAGAAGCUUGUUUGAUCAGUGGAGACACGUUUACAAAGCUGGAGCAGUUGCUGCUGACGCUGUAUGACAAGAUAAAUGGUGAGCAAGGAGUUUAUAAAGUGCAUCACAGGCAGGAUUUGGAGCUAGAAAAGGCCGUCUUCCUCUGCCACCUGCUAGAGGCCCUCGAAAGACAGGGGAGGCAGAGCGCCGGACACCUCAGCUACAUUUCUAAAAGCCCCUCAAGAAAACCAACGCAAGAGAGAAGCAGCUUCAGCCAGACGAGGCCUCGCCUAACUUACUCCAGGGCCUCGCUACAGAGAUCCCAGAGCGCCUCCCUCUCAGCGAAGAAGACAACCAAACAAGUUCGACUAAAGCAAUUUUUAAGCGAGGACUCGGUUGCAGCUGACCCCUGCACCACGGCUGCAGUAGUGGACACCUGUUGGAGCAGCUCUCUGAAUAUUUGUCACCCUGCAAACAUUCCCCAUGCAGGCUGGGACGACCAGCCCCCCUACUGCACUGAGUCCCCUGGGUCAGAUGAGUCAUUGUCCUCCAAAUGCAUGGACACAAACAUGGAGAACGGUACUGACUAUGGGUUUCUGGCCCGUCAGAAUUCUGAACUCUUGCGGGCUCUCGAUGAUCUGGAGAAGACUUGCACCAUACUGAGGGAGGAAAAUGGCCUGCUGCGGAAGAGCAGCGCCCCAGAGACGGAGGAGAAGGUCAGGCGACUGAGGAGGAAGAACACAGAGCUGGCUGUUCUCGCUAAGAGGCUGGAGGAUAGGGCUCGCAAACUGCAGGAGGCCAACCUCAAAGUGGUGAAUUCACCAUCACUGAUGAGGCCAGGAUCAGUGGAACAGUACAAGAGGGCAUUUGCUCGUCAACGGGCUCGUGACCUUGCUCAGCACGCCGAUGCACUUUUAUCUAAGGACAAGGAGAUUGCUGCUCUGCAGCAGGAGUGCAGAGAGCUAGAGGAACGGCUGGGCACCACUAAGGGUUCCCCCUUUCCAUCUGCCAGAGUGGAAUUUGAGAAGCUUCUCAGGGAGUCUCAGAAGGAGGUGCUGCGGCUCCAGAGACAGCUGUCAGUCACAUCAUCCGGACAGCAGCACAACCACAGCCCCGACCCCGGUGGGCCAGAGAGGUGCGAGGAAACAGAGGAGCAGCAAGCGGAGGAAGAGAAGGUUGUAGGAGAGACCCCGUGUGUGGCAUUAGAUGAAGCUCCAUCCAGGUGUGAGAAGACUCCCGGAGAGGAGGAGGAGUCGGGGCUGCGAGUGACGCCCCCACCGGGCCUCAGCCCGACCCCCUCCCAUCAGGAGGAACACACAGAGGAGCAGCACCUACAUUUUCUGGAAAGUGAGCUGAGCAAGAAGAGAAAAGAAUGUGAAAACCUCGAGCAUGAAGUAAAGAAGCGACAGAAGAGAUGUCUGGAUUUGGAGAGCCAGCUUGAGGAUGAGCGAGGCAAAAAUGAGCAACUAAAGGAGGAGGCAGAUCUCCUCAGGAGGAAGGCACAGCUGCUCGACCAGACUCGGGCUGAGAAUGAGGAGCUGAGGGAAGAUCUCUCUGAAGUGACCGCUCAACACAAUUCAGUUCUCGAGGAGAACCAGAGACUCCGUGCCAAACUGGAGAACCUAGAGCAGGUCCUAAAGCAUAUGCGAGAGGUCGCCGAGCGAAGGCAGCAGCUGGAAUUGGAACAUGAGCAGGCACUGGCUAUCCUUAAGUUCAAACAGGAUGAAAUCAAACGGUUACAGCGGGCUCAGUUAUUCGCCAAGAGGGAACAUGAAGGAGUGGUUCAGAUGCUGGAGUCAAAGGUACGAGACCUGGAGGAGAAAUGUCGCAGCCAGAGCGAACAGUUCGGCUUGCUGUCCCAGGAGUUGGAGAAGUUUCGACUGCAGGCCUCGAAGGUGGACCUUGCUGGCUCCAGCCUCCUUAACAAUCCCAGCCUGUCUGUUCUGACCAAUGGGAUGGGCCUGACUACAGAACGAGACUGCACUGGUGGCUCAUGGGAUAUGGUGUCUCUGAGUGAAAUAGCCUUCUGGAGUCUCGAGGGAGGUGACACUCUCUCCUGCCCUGAGGAUGUUGCUGCUGCGCUACGGAUGGGUGCCACCCCCCACGCAGCAGGGCUCUCCAGGGUGGAGCGCUCGCCUGUCACCAAGCACCGAGAGCUGCCCACCAUCAGCGUUAGCAAGUCAGGCUCAUCCUCCAGCAAGUCAGAGACCGCACACCUCACCCCCAAGUCCGACACACACCUCAGUCCACACAAAUCAAGCCCAACACAUGAGGUGGACACUGCCAGUGAAGUAGAGGAGCUGGACAUUGACGUUGCCCCGGCACCUUUCAUAGCCAGCAGAGGAGCUGCAAAGCUUCAGGUUUUUAUUGCAAGAUACAGCUAUAAUCCUUAUGAUGGCCCCAAUGACAACCCUGAAGUGGAGCUACCGCUCACUGCGGGAGAAUACAUCUAUGUGUAUGGAGACAUGGAUGAUGACGGCUUCUAUGAAGGUGAGUUGAUGGAUGGACGGAGAGGGCUGGUCCCCUCCAACUUUGUGGAACGUGUAUCGGAUGAUGAUGUCAUGAGCACUCAUCAUCCAGAGACAGGGGACAUUUCUCACAACUCCCUGCUAGACAGCAGCCUGCACAGUGCCAGCCACCAGCAUCACCUCCACAUAGGCGUCAGCGCCUCAGAAAGGACAGAGGCCUCUGCUGCCUCUGGCCCUGCCUCAGCCCCCUCAGAUUCAGCAUCGGCCUUGGCUGUCCCAGCCCCCCUCACCAACGGCCUGGACUUGGAUUUGGAGGAGGUGGGAGUGGACAUUGUGCCUUACCCACGUAAGCUCACCCUCAUCAAGCAGCUUGCCAAGAGCAUCAUCAUCGGCUGGGACCCUCCGUUGGUGCCGGCUGGGUGGGGCAAUGUGUGGAGCUAUAAUGUGUAUGUGGACCAGGAGCUGCGGCUCAAUGUGCCCUUCGGUUCCCAGACCAAAGCAGUUCUGGAGCGGCUAGACAUAAACCUCAAGGCCUACCGUGUGUCAGUGCAGAGCCUAACAGAGAAGGGCCUCUCAGACCAGCUGCGCUGCAGCAUGCUUGUUGGUCGGGACGUUUGUGUGGCACCCACACAGCUACGUGUGGAGAGGAUCACCGCCACCUCUGCCAACCUGACCUGGCUGCCCAGCAACAGUAACUAUGUGCACAUUGUGUCUUUGAAUGAGGAGGAGUGUGAGCUGGUGAAGGCUGGCUGCUACUCGCUGUGCCUCAAUAACCUUUUGCCCAGCCUGCAGUACACAGUCAAAGUGGAGGCACGGCCGCACCGCACACCAUGGGAGUUACCCGUGGAGCGACGUGAACACAGAAGCGCUACAAUCACCUUCAGCACACUGAUGGCAGGCCCCCCUGAUGCUCCUCUGGAUGUCCAGCUGGAGCAUGGACCCUCCCCGGGUAUUGCCCUCAUCAGUUGGCUGCCGGUCACCAUAGAUGCUGCUGGGACUUCCAAUGGAGUCCGUGUCACUGGAUACACUAUAUAUGCUGAUAAGAAAAAGGUGCUGGAGGUGUCUUCCCCUACAGCUGGAAGUGCUCUGCUGGGCCCCUCUCAGAUCCAGUCCCUGCAGGCAGCUCAGGAUAUCACUGUCCGCACCAUGUCUGCCCACGGGGAGUCCUGUGACUCUCUUCCAGUCCAUGUGCCCUCCAAGCUGGCUGCCAUCAUGGCCGGCCCAGCUAUCACCACCCCAGUUGUGCCACCCCUACCCUGCACCCCAGCAGGUCUGCCCUCACCGCCAUCCUACGGGAACUCUGCUGCCAAAGUCUCAAUGCUGCCCAGCACUUUACCAACAGACACACAGUUCACUGGCAUCACAGUGGAGACUGCUGCCAACUCUCCUCUCCUCCACUCAGAAGAUCUUCUCCCAUCUGCCUCUUAUGUGAACGCCUGGGCCAACCCCUCAUCUGCUGCUGCCUUGGCUGUGUAUGAGGCCACAUCACCGUUACCUGCCAUCAUCACUCCAGUGGUUAAUGUGACCUCAGCCACCAUCUCAUCACCUCAACCUCCACCCGAAGCAACACCAUUACCUUCACUGUCACCAUCACCUUUACCAGCAGCAGCAGCAGCCGUGUUGGAUCUGCGCAGAGACACCAACAGCCCCGGAACGAUUCGUCCUUUCCCGUCUAUGACAGAUUUCAUUGAGGACCCCAGUGCCAAGUUCGGGACCCCUGAGCGCAUCCCCACACCACCCAAAGCCCCAAUCGCAGAGCUCCUUAACCGUCAGGACACUCUGCUCCACCGACCCCCCAGCCAUUCACCGCUGGAGUCGGAGGUGGAGGAGGAGCACGAAAACACCCGCCUGGUGUCCAUCGAGGAGUUUUUGAGACAGGACCAAGAGCCGAAGUUCCACAGGACGCAGCAGAGUUAUGGCAGAGGGACGAUGGAGCCUCCCAGUGACUACCACGCAGACAAUAGCCGCUCAGACCUGUCUGACAUCCUGGAGGAGGAGGAGGAAGACUACUCUGACCACCUCGGAGAAGCACAGGCCAGAGGAUACACAGUCAGAGCUAACAGGGAGCCCAGCCAAAUGCCACCAGCUGAGGCCGGGCCAUCAUGGGGGCCCCAGGCAGAGCUCUCCGCUAAACCAGGGUGCUUGCCAGCCAGGCAACUCAAAGGUGUUGUUGAUUCACCAAAGAUGAAAGGAGACAGUGACAUACGCAUCUUCGUGGCCCUCUUCCCUUAUGAUCCUGCCACCAUGUCACCCAAUCCUGACGCUGCUGAUGAAGAGCUGCCCUUCACUGAGGGACAGAUCAUCAAAGUUUACGGGGAUAAAGAUGCAGAUGGGUUCUACCGAGGGGAGAGUUGUGGUCGUCUGGGUUACGUGCCAUGCAACAUGGUGUCUGAGAUCCAGGUGGAGGACGAGGAGACCCGGCAGCAGCUACUGCAGCAGGGCUUCUUGUCCACGGCAGCUUCCAUGGAGAAGAUAGGCUCUCGCACACACGCACAGCUUCCGCGUCGGCCUGUCCCGCCGCCGAAACCGAGACGAUCCAAGAAAGUGGAGUCUGCAGCACUCUGGGAGGAGAGCGUAGACUCCUCUAGUCAAGAACCAAGCCAGGCUGCCGCUGCCACUGCCGCCGCCACUAUGGGGAACCCAGCCCCGGGAGCUCGCAGGAUGGUAGCCAUCUUUGACUACGAUCCACGAGAGAGCUCCCCCAACACUGACAUAGAGGCUGAGUUGACAUUCAGUGCAGGAGACAUCAUACAUGUGUUUGGUGACAUGGAUGAAGAUGGAUUCUUUUAUGGAGACUUGAACGGACACAGAGGUUUAGUGCCCUCCAACUUCCUGCAGGCCCUACCUGAGGAUCCUCCAGCAGAACGUCACCCUGCUCCACCCCAUCACCCUGCUCCACCUCCUCAGCCUGCUGCACCUGCGCCCGAACCCAAGAAAGAAUCACAGGGUAAGUGGACGUCUUCUACAGAGCCACAAGAUCCUGGGCCCUCAAUCCCGCGCCCCCAAACAGAACCUCCUCCUGCUCCUCCUCCACGCCCCGACCCGACAGAGCCCACAGACUUACUACAACCUGACCCUCUGCCCUCUGCAAACCCCACGUCAGACCCGGACAAGGCUCGGGCCACGGCGGACGUCUGCCGCUCUCCCCCGGCCCCCCUCCCUGCAGACAACCCGGCACAGACAGACUGCUCUGCACAAGCCAAGAAGAAGAAAGGCUUCUUCUCCAAAGGCAAGAAGCUCUUCAAAAAGCUGGGAUCCAGCAAGAAAGAAUGAGAGUUAGGACACCUAACUGAAUACUCGCGUCACAUUGAAAGCACUUUUUCUAUCUACACUGUUAUUCUAAGUCGGCAGUCGGCACGGUUAGUGGUUAUCAGAUCUAAUAACUGAUGCUUCAACCGUCAGCAGUUAUACAUUUGCCUUAGAGCAUUGCUAGACCAGCUGUUUAAAUAUACAGUAGAGUACUUAAAAACAUCAACAUACAGCUUACAGCAUCACAAGAGCAUGUUGAAGUGCAUGUUGAAGCGUGCAAACUCGCUACUCCUACAAAUAUACUCUCUAGAUACUUCCUAAUUAUCUAAGCAACUGUUCAACUCAUCAGAGGCUUUAAUGCUUGAUAUAAAACACUCAGUACUCUCCUGGUUUAUUUCAUUGUAUCAGUGUGAUACAGAACGCUAUUGAAAAGCAGCUCCUGACGUCAGACACAGCUAAUGAACUGUUAGCUUUAGAGCUCGUGUACUGGUGCCACUUUAUUUAUUUGAAGCAAACAAAUAGAAGCAAAGCAGUCCGCUGCUUACUCUGCGCGACUGUAAAAGAAUGCACUAUUUUAAAUAGGUCUGCUCGUCCCUUCACACGUGUUUCCUGUCUUUUAAGAGUAUUUAUACACUACUUUGUACAGAUUGUGUUAUUUAUUUGUGUCAGACCCUGCCCUAAUCACGGCCACGUUGCAUGAAGUGACAUCAGGGUAGAAGCUUAGUCGUGUUAAGAGCUGUCAGAGACGGCGAUGAUUCACUUUAAUAUGCGUAGUUUAGAUGGGGAAGGUUAAACGUCAGUGCUGUUCAUUGAAGCUGAAGAUGAUGUUAAGAAUGUGAAGGGUCGCCCUUC